AUGGGAAUGAUGCUAGAAGAAUAUUUGGAAACAAACUCAAAUGAGUAUGAAUGGGGUCCAGAAUCUCUAUCAGAUGCAUCUACUGAAGAAAAUCCUGAAGAAUCCAAUGAUACUAUAGAUAAAGCACAAGAAAUAGCACACAUGAAGCUACAACGAGAACUAGAGGAAGUUAGACUAAAAAGACAAGAAGCUUAUGAGAAACAUCUAAGGAAAGAGAAAUCACAGUCCAAAAGAACUCACCUACUAUAUCUCCAUCUAAUGAGACAAAACAAAUCAGAUAUAGGAACACAACUAAAGAAAUGGAGGCUAGUCAAGCAGGACCCAUCAUCCGUCCAGAAGAAGCUAAAUGGGAAAGAAGACAGAAACUCGCAGAGUCAUCAAGGCUAUGUGAACAAGUAUGUCAACUAUAGGUUAUCACUGAAUCAAAACAAGAAGGAACUUGUAGCAUAA